UCACAACUCUCUCGACCGGCCCGCGUCUGUGGUGGACUGUUUUGCUCUCGACGGGCGUUAAAUGGUUCAUUGACCGGGAUCACAAUGCAGAAGUGCCGCGCCGUGCAGAGCGCCUUGAGCCCCAAGGCCGUUCUCCCACUGUCGACUCCUGUGCGAGCUCAACCUCAUAUCCAGCGCAGAAACAUACAGGAUGUCUUCAUUACCCGAACCGGAUCUCCAAUUAUAAAAGUGCAGGGUGGACGGUCGUCUCUCGGAGGCCAUACCGCUACUGUUUUCGGCGCAACCGGUUUCUUGGGUCGUUAUAUUGUGAACAGACUUGGUAUGGGAUCUCCGUUAUCACGUCAAGGAUGCACUGUUAUUGUCCCAUACCGAGAAGAGAUGACAAAACGCCACCUAAAGGUUACUGGUGAUCUGGGUAGAGUUGUUUUCAUGGAAUAUGACCUCCGCAACACUCAAUCCAUCGAAGAGAGCGUACGCCAUUCGGAUAUUGUCUAUAACCUGAUCGGCCGAAACUAUCCUACAAAGAACUUUUCUUAUGAGGAUAUCCACGUUGAAGGAACUGAGCGCAUUGUGGAAUCUGUUGCGAAGUAUGACGUUGACCGAUACGUCCAUGUUUCCUCUUACAACGCGAGCCUCGACUCUCCCUCGGAGUUCUUUAGGACCAAGGCUCAAGGUGAAAAUGUUGCAAGAUCCAUUUUCCCAGAGACUACUAUCGUCAGACCAGCCCCAAUGUUCGGAUUUGAGGACAGACUCCUGCACAGACUUGCCGGAGUUACCAAUAUCUUCACAUCCAACCAUAUGCAAGAACGAUACUGGCCAGUUCAUGCUAUUGACGUUGGGCGGGCACUUGAACUCAUGCUUCAGGAAGAAUGGACCACUGCUCAGACCUUCGAGCUCUAUGGUCCCAAGAACUAUUCCACCAAGGAAAUCUCCGAGCUUGUUGACCGCGAAAUCAUCAAGAAGCGCCGACACAUUAACGUUCCAAAAGCCAUCAUGAAGCCCGCUGCCUACUGGCUGAACAGACUCCUUUGGUGGCCCAUCACAUCCGCCGAUGAAGUCGAAAGAGAAUUCAUUGACCAGCAAAUCGACCCAACUGCUAAGACGUUCAAGGACCUAGGAAUCGAGCCAACCGACCUCAACACUCUUACUUUCCACUACUUGCUUGGAUACAGAAGCUCCCAGUACGCAGAUCUACCGCCAGCUACCGAGCGCGAGCUCAGGGAGGAGAGAAAAUAUCUCCAUGUUCUGGACUCUCAAUAAACUGGUACUAUA